AUGUCGGAUACUGAAGAAAGUAGAUACAUUGAGAAAGAACUCAAGCAGGAAGUGUCAAAAAAGAAGGUUGUGCAACCUAAAAGCAUUAUUUCCAAAAAGACUGGACUUAUAGUGAACUGCGUCUUCAUCGUAUCGGUUUUGAUAUUCUUUGCAUUUUCAGUCUUUCAGAAUAAAGACUCCAAUAUUUCAUUACAAUCACAUCAUGUUGACACGAAUCAAGCAGCAAGUUACGAAUAUUCGGGCUUCAUAAAGCACGAAGGAGAAAAGCUUGAUAUUACGCCAGAAAUCAAAUAUAAAAGGGACUCCAAGUCGUCUAGUUCUAGCUCCAGUAAAUCAGACAAAGCAACUAAGCCUCUCGAUGAACCAGCAAUACGGUUUUUACUUGUAUUGGGUGGAUUCAUAGUUCUUAAUAUGGUUGCUAUUUGCAUCCAUCAUCUCUUUUUGAAAGCGACAAGAUCAGAAAAGUCGUACAGAACAAUAGAGCAGACUAUCUCUCCAUUUUAA